AUGGUCUACUACCCUGAUGGUUGCGACGCCCCAGAUGGUGGCAGCGAUUGGAUAUCCGUCGGUCUAGUUCUUCGUCACACCGCUGCCACGGAUUUCAAGAUAAGAUGCACCUUUAGCUUACUGGACCAUGCGGGAAAACCGAUGCCGAGAUACACGACAUCAUGUCAGACACGGACAUGCUUUCACAAAGGAGACGGGAUCGCGUCUCCAACAUUCAUCAAAAAGGAGGAAUUGGAGGAGUCCCCAUCUCUUAUUGGCGAUUGUUUCAGUGUCAAGUGUGAUGUCACCGUCACCAAGUUCCGCAUGGAGUACACAGCGCGACAGUUCGUCAUGGUACCAACCUCCAACAUACAUGAACAAUUUAGCCGCAUCCUUGUAACCGCCGAGGUGGCGGAUGUGAUUUUCGAGGUCUCUUGUGAGACGUUUGCUGCACACCGGUGCUUGCUCGCUCCUCGCUCCUCGGUAUUUAUGGAGCAGUUCCUUCAGAAUGUCCAACCACGCGUGCGGAUCAAUGACAUGAACCCCAGGGUUUUUCGGGCAUUGCUUCACUUUAUCUACACCGACUUCGUGCCCGAGGUAGAUGAUGAUGAAACCAUGGAGAUGGCUCAAGCUUUAUUUGUCGCCGCAGAUAGAUAUAACCUUCAGAAGCUCAAGUUGGUCUGUGAGAAGACAUUGUGCAACUGCAUUGACACAAGCAUGGUGGCAACUGCACUGUUGUUUGCUGAGAAACAUGGUUGCGUUGAGCUCAAGAAGGCAUGCCUGAAGCUGCUCUCGUCCUUUCAAAACCUAAAGGCAAUCAGAGAGACUGAUGACUUCAAGAACCUGAAGGCCGCUCAUCCAAAUAUUCUAGAGGAGUUAGUUGCCAAUGUUAACACUCCUUGA